UGAGGUCUCCAAAACCCUGCAGCCAACCACACACACCAGCCUCGUGCCAAUUUGGACCACACUCCCGGUGCCACUCUCCAUCUGCUCGUCAGCUGCAUUGACGCCGGUCAGAGGUGCGUCUGCGACCAACACUCCCUGAAUUGAUGCUCUUUUGUCUGGAGUGAGCGCCUCCCCAAUUCAUCUGGAGCCUCAGUCUCCAAAACUCGUUCAACUAUCGCAGUCUAUCCAAGCUCCCUACACGGAUUCUCCUUCUUUAUCUGAUGUUCUCUCUCGCUUCUUCUCCUCUUUAAUUCACCGGGACCCGCAGUUUUCUCUUGUAUCAUGGCGAACGCUGAAUGCAACAUCAAGGUGUUGUGUCGAUUUCGACCACUGAACCAGUCGGAGAUUAUCCGUGGAGAUAAGUUCGUCCCGGUUUUCCACGGAGAGGAUACAGUCAUAUUCGGGGGGAAGUCGUACGUGUUCGACCAGGUGUUUCCAACGAACACGAGCCAGGAACAGGUCUACAACACUUGUGCCAAACAGAUUGUCAGCGAUGUACUCGGGGGCUACAAUGGAACCAUCUUCGCUUAUGGCCAGACGUCCUCCGGAAAGACGCACACCAUGGAGGGGAAUCUCCAUGACCCCCAGGGAAUGGGUAUCAUUCCCAGGAUCGCUGAGGAUAUAUUUGAGCAUAUUUUCGCCAUGGAUGAGAACCUGGAGUUCCACAUAAAGGUGUCCUAUUUUGAGAUCUACAUGGACAAGAUUCGGGAUCUGCUGGACGUGACGAAAACCAACCUGUCAGUCCAUGAAGACAGAUACAGAGUGCCCUAUGUGAAGGGCUGCACUGAGCGUUUUGUCACCAGCCCGGACGAAGUGAUGGAUGUGAUCGACGAAGGGAAAGCGAAUCGCCACGUCGCUGUCACCAACAUGAAUGAACACAGUUCUCGCAGUCACAGCAUCUUCCUGAUAAACAUCAAGCAGGAAAACGUGGAGACGGAGCAGAAGCUGAUUGGGAAGCUCUACUUGGUCGAUCUGGCUGGGAGUGAGAAGGUCAGUAAGACUGGAGCGGAGGGAGCUCUCCUGGAUGAGGCCAAGAACAUCAACCGUUCUCUGUCAGCCCUGGGGAACGUCAUCUCGGCGCUGGCUGAAGGAACGAAAACCCACGUUCCAUACCGUGACAGCAAGAUGACUCGCAUCCUGCAGGACUCUCUGGGAGGAAACUGCCGCACCACCAUGUUCAUCUGUUGCUCCCCCUCAAGCUACAAUGAGACAGAGACCAAAUCUACCCUGAUGUUUGGACAGAGGGCCAAGACCAUUAGAAACACUGUGACAGUGAACCUGGAGCUCACAGCCGAGCAGUGGAAGAAGAAGUACGAGAAGGAAAAAGAGAGGACCAGAUCUAUGAAGGAGACUAUUCAAAGACUGGAGGCGGAACUGGAUCGCUGGAGGAGCGGUGAGGCGACGGUUAUGUUCGAGGAGCUGAGUGAAGCCGGCGAGGGCUCCCUUCUGUUGUCGCCUGAAUCUGAGGAGCUGGUUCCCGACAUCUGCAGCCCCUGCUCUGUUGACUCCUCCAUUGUUGUUCACAUCUCGGAGGAGGAGCGGCAUAAAUACGAGGAGGAGAUCCGGAAACUCUACAGGCAGCUGGAUGACAAGGAUGAUGAGAUCAACCACCAGAGCCAGAUGGUGGAGAAACUGAAGGAGCAGAUGCUCAAUCAGGAGGAGCUUCUAGCGUCGUCCAGAGGCGACGGUGAGCGAGUUCAGUCGGAGCUAACAGCCCUGCAGGCGGAGAACGAUUGUGCCAAGACAGAGGUGAAGGAGGUUCUGCAGGCGCUGGAGGAACUGGCGGUCAACUACGACCAGAAGAGCCUGGAGCUGGAGGAGAAGAGCAUGCAGAAUAAGCUGUUGGCCGAAGAGCUGGCAAAGAAAAUGUCUCACCUCCUGACUUUAGAGGCAGAGCUCUCUCGCAUCCAAGAAGUGAGCAGCCACCAGAGGAAGCGAGUGGCUGAGAUUCUCAGCGGUCUGAUGAGGGACCUCAGCGAGUUCAGCAGCAUCCUGGGGAGCCGGGACAUCAAACUGCCGGUGGAGGUCAGUGGUGCGAUGGAGGAGGAGUUUUCCGUGGCUCGUCUCUACAUCAGCAAGAUCAAGUCGGAGGUGAAGUCCGUGGUGAAGCGCUGUCGCCACCUGGAGAACCUGCAGAUGGAGUGUCACCGCAAGAUGGAGGAGACAGGCAGAGAGAUGUCUUCCUGUCAUCUCCUCAUUUCACAGCAUGAGGUGAAGAUCCGCUCCCUGUCUGACUACACACAGAAGGUGGAGCUGAAGAAGAGGCAGCUUGAGGACAGAUGCGACUCGCUGACUGAGGAGCUGGCCAAACUCCAAGCUCAAGAAACCCUGUUGCAGGUAGUUGGGGGUGACAACUGCAGAGCUCUGCAAGAAUCCUCAGAGAUUAAGAGGCUUCUGGAGCAGCAGAUGGAGUCGCACCGUGAGGCGCACAGCAAACAGCUCAGUCGUCUGCGAGACAAGAUCAAUGAGCAGCAGAAGAUCAUCGACAACUUAACCGACUGUAACCAGAGGCAGGAGCUGGAGCUGGAGCAACUGCACAGCGACUUCGAAUGUCUGCGGACACAGGAGCACGACAAGAGCCGACAGCUGGAGGAACUGACAUUCCUCCAUGAGCGACACGAGCAGUCGAAGCAGGAUCUCAAGGGACUGGAAGAAACUGUGGCGCGAGAGCUUUACACCCUCCACAACCUCCGCAAGCUUUUUGUUCAAGAUCUCACGACCCGAGUCAGAAAAAGUGCACAAACGCAUCGGGAUGAUAGCGGGGGAUUUAUCACCCAGAGACAGAAGAUCUCCUUUCUUGAAAACAACCUGGAGCAACUUACGAAGGUGCACAAACAGCUGGUGCGUGACAAUGCAGAUCUUCGCUGUGAGCUUCCAAAACUGGAGAAGCGUCUCCGCUCUACGGCUGAGCGAGUUAAGGCACUGGAGGGGGCGCUGAAGGAAGCGAAGGAGGGCGCGAUGAAGGACAGACACCGGUACCAACAAGAAGUGGAGCGGAUCAAGGAUGUGAUGAGAGUCCGCUACCCUUUCCGACGACCUCAUACUGCCCUGAUAGCCAAACCUGUGCGUCCUGGCCACUUCCCAGUCUGCUGUCCCAGCAACCCAUUCUUCCCGCGGGGAUUCAGCGACCAGCCAAUCACCUUCACCAACGCUGCUUUCCAAAACAAGACAGACGCUCCCACCGCUCCGUCAGAAGAGGAGGGGCAGAGGUGUCCUGAGGACGUCUCUAAUAACAUGGACACGGAACACAGUGACACCAACGACAACCACAACAUUCGCCCAGCUGAACCAGAGUGCCAAGCCGACGCUGCAGAGAUGCUGGACUCAGAAAAUGGAAACACCACAGAUAUCAAUGACAACAGCAUGUGUCUGAACGUCAAUUCUGUGUCCCGAAGUGAGGUCUGCGACAAUCACGACCCCCAGAAACUGUACAGCUUUCAGCCGGUGGCCUCUGCCAGCUAAUAGACCUGCGCAGGCGAGCAUUUUUAUUCUUCAGGCCUCUUCUGUGAAUCUGCAUGCCGGUGACUUUUCCAGCGUCUUCUUUCCUCUCUGCACUCCUGCUGUGAACAAAACUGUCCCUCCUCCUCUGUGCUCCUUCCCCUCGAUGAUGUGAAUGUGAAAGUUGGAACUGUGACAAACGUUUGGUUUUCAAUUCCCGACCUGGCGCCUCUUUCAUUUCCUGACACCUCAGUCCUCAAGUCCUCAGUCUGGACGACAGAGCAACUGCACAGCGAGAGGAAAUAUGUAGUGCUCAAAGUGACCUGCAGAGGGUGCUGUGGGGAUUUUAAAAUAAACGCUCUUCAUCAAUCGUGUCAACCAAAAUGUUUUCUCACCAUACGAUUGUUUUAUUUUUGACUCAUCUGAAAGGUGAAGAAAUGAAUGAUUUUAAGUGAAGAAGUCCUUGUGUAGCAACUAUUUUUAUAAGGUGAAUUCUAGUUUGACAUAAAUAACAGUGGUUUACAUUUGUAAAAGCAAAAAUGUUCUAUAAAGCACUUUUAUUUUGCUAUUUAUUCUUUCAUAUUAGCUUGCAAAUAUGAUUUUUUUUGUUGUUGUCAUGCCUGGGCGGAGAGUUUAAAUGACACAAAACCAAAGUUCUGGUGAGUCAAUCCAGAGUCAGUCUGGUGCUGUGCUGGAGGAGGGAAUGUUGAAGGAACUUAGUCUUAUCUUGUGUCUAUCAGCCACAUUGAUAGUUGCUAACAGGUUGUUCUUCUCUCGACUAUACACGCUUAAAAUUGUGCCAGAAAUUCUGUCUAUUUUAACAGCCCUAGGGCUGCUAUUAUGUUAUUGUUAUUAUUUUUAGUGUUGCUGAAUUGCAUUAAUUUGUGAUUACUCGCAGGUUAACUCUGAUGUGCGAUUAAAUGAGAUACAUUUUUAAGUCAACGUGCACGACCAAAUUGAUGCACAUUCCUUUGUUUAUUUUUUUUAUUUUUUUGAAAGUGUUUGCGUUGGAAUUCAUACCUCUGAUAUUGGAUGUAUAAAACACAACCCAAUAAUUGAACACGCAGAAAUAGAAAUGAAAAAAAAGUUUUAUAUAUUUCAGUGUAAACAUUUUCUUAACACACAUAAAGUUGCCGAGGUAUCGCUCAAAAUCCUGAUCAGACAGUCAGGAGUGGAGCGAAAGUGAGGCGUGUGUCAGGGAAACUGCUGUAUCACUAGAUCAGAGCUGUGUGUGGCUUCACGCAACAAAGCAGAAACAUGUUUAAACCACAAAUGAAAAACUGUGGUUUGUGAGGAAGUGACAGCAUGUUUAGCGUGAUGUGUAAAUUCUUCUCUGUGAUAUGUGACUGGAUUAUCUAUAGCCUGUUACUGACUCUGGAUUGUAAAUCUGAGCUCAUAAUCUACUUCACAAACCAAAGUGGAUUGUGAUCGCCCUCAGUUUGGAUCAGAAAAUAUCAGGUUUGCGACUUGUGAGUGUCCCUCAAGUCCUAUUUUGUUUGUGUGUCAGAACUCAGCACCAGGUGGUGUUGUAGCUGGGAUCUGAGGACACCAGUGAAGGUUCAGGUGAGAGUUACCAGUCAGGAUCAAUAAACAUUCAGGUGGCACUUUUUCAAAAGAUCAUCUCAAAUGCAUGGAGCACUUUAACAUGUUUUAGUUUGCUUCUCGUAGUCGUAGUGUCUCAGCUCCUCUCGCCACCAUUUGUUUCAUGUAGAAACUGUUUUGCUGCUCCUUCCCCAACCCCCUAAAAAAAGCCUUUUUUGUCUUGGUUGUAAACUGAUUUUGGAUGUUUGUGUGUCUCAUUUUAUUUAGCCAGUCCACAAAAAAAAUCCCUGUGGAUGUCAAGUUGUAGCCUAAAUAUGCAGGAAUGACAAAGGCUGACGGCGAAAAAUAUGCAGCUAAAAGGAUUGUGUUUGUUCAACAGUGUCGGUCGGUGAGUUUGUGGUGUGUGGUUUUGUGCAUGCGGUACUUUCUCAUUCUGUAGCUGCUGGAAAUCUGUACUGUUCAAUAAAGCUGAUGGAAGCUGGUGU